AUGGCGUCGGAGCAAAAGCGAAGGGCGCGGAUUAAGGACAAGAUGAAGUCUCUGCGCAUGCUAGUGCCACACGUCGAAGGUGCUAAUACAGCGGAUUUCCUUAACGAGGUUUACGAUUACAUCGUCACGCUGCGACGUCGCGCGGACCCCCACAAUGCGACUGACACCUGUCACCACCCAGUCGGCACCAUUCCCUGCCUGGACCUUAACGCGUCAGCCUCUACCGAAUCGAAAGAGGGGGACCGCGAAACCAGGCGGUGCUCAAUGCCCUCCGUGUGUGCCGCCGCCGCUCCCGCUGUCGUUUCGAAGCCUCGUUCGCGCACCCCGUCAGACGUAGCCAAUACCGUCAACACGGCCAAUACGGUUCAUACGGAACAGGAACAGACGCCUAGCAAGCUCUCUGCGCGCGUAGCGAUUCCGCAAGUCCAGGCAGGUUCAGACGCGUCGGCGCGUAAAGUCUCCGGCGCCGCUAAUUGCGAGACCGGCAAUACCUCCUCCCGCGGCGUGAGCAGCGGCGCGGAGGAGGUGGCUUGGAGCCGCUGCGGGUUGAAGCGGUCCCGCGAUUGCCGCAGCGACGAGGAGGGCGAAGUACAGUCGGACGAGCAGAGCAAGUCGGACCCUGCGCACGCGCACGUGCUCGAGCAGUGGCGGCAGCAGCAGCAGCAGCAACAGGAGUCCCCGCAGAAACAGGAGUCUUCGGCGGAAUACAGGCGGGUUGAUGACGUAGAGGAGGAUGUAGAUGAGGAAGGGGAGGACGAGGAGGAGGAGGAUGAGGUGGAAAUAGAGACGGAGGAGGAGGAAGAGAGGGAGGAGAGUGAGGAGAGGGAUGAGAGGGGGAAAAAGGACAUGGACGAGCGUCAGGGGGGAGAAGCAGAUGGGAAGCGACAGAGUCGGCAGAUGGCGGCGGCUGUCACGGGCUCGCCUAGCCACCUGGAGCAGGGCUCAAGAGAAAGCCGACGCGUGAAGGUGGAUGGGACGGUCGGUGGGGAGACUGGCGACACUCGCGGGGCGGAAGCAGCUACUUCGAAGCAGCCUCUGCUGAAUACUCUUCGUUCUCUUCGUGGUGGAAACGCGGAAGCGGCGCACGGUGCUCCUGCUGCCCCCACCUCCUCGGCGGACCGGUCAGCGUCAUGGAAACAGGAAUCGGCGGGAGGCGGUAGUGGCAGUCAGAGUGUGGCUGCUGCUGCUGCUGCUGCUGGAGAGGUGGAUGAGGCGGUGGUUGUUCGCCGACCGCUCGCGAAACAGGCAGAGCAGCGGUCACGCGAUUCCACUCCGGUUCAGGCACAGCAGCAUCAGCAGGAGCAGCAGGAGCAGCAGGAACAGCUGCAGAGGGUAACAGCGAGUAGCGGUGUGAAGAAGGAAGAGCGUAAGCCGCUUACCCCACAGGCGGCGUCCAAGUUAGGUCUUGGCGCAACCCAGCAGCACUUGCAGAAGCCAACCUCGCCGUCUGUGUCCCCACCCAUGGUUAGCAUUGGCCGGUCCUUCCAGCGCUCUGCGUUCUCCCCCGCCACGAGCGGAGCUUUUUCUCCGCCUGUUGUCGUCCCCGCGCCUCACUUGGCGCCGUCUCCGCUCCACCCAGCUCCGCGUGUCCUUCCGUUCACCGUCCCGCCCGCACCUUCCGCCACUCCGGCCACUGCCGCCGCCGCCGCCGCAGCCGCUGCGGCUGCUGCCGCCGCAGUCUCUGGUGCCUGCAGCGCUCUCCCCCCGCUGAGGCACCACUCUCCGCCCAUCCUGUCUCCGCUCCUUGCCGCCCCGCGACGCCUUGCGCCUGCGCCGCCCGCGCUGGCGGGAAUGUCCAGUGCUGCUCUUUCCGCCGCGCUUGCCAAGCCCCGCCCCAUUGCGCCGAACAACAAUGACAGGGCUGACGGGGGGAGUGUUGCGCCGUCCGCGCGCAUGUAUGCGCCAGUGCCGUGUGGCGGGCAGAAGGCGCAGGCUGCUGGUGGUGUUGGUGAUAUGCACUGCCCUACCCAGAAACACAGGAAACCCCGUGAGAUCCAGCCAGCGCCCCCCUCCCACGCCCGCCCUCGCUCCUACGCCCCCAUGAAGCCGCUACAGAAUCUCCAGAUGAAGCUACCGCUCCCGCCUGCUGUCCCCGUGCCUGUGCCCGUGGCCAUGCUGCCCCCUCCAUCCCACAUGCACGCCAGCCCCAUGGCGGCUGCUGCAGUGGCGGCUGCAGAUGCAGCAGCUGCCGCGCAGCAGUGGGGGGUGAUGGCGGCGGUGGCGCAAGCAGCCGCGCAGGCGCAGCAGGCGCAUGCCAUGGCCUCCGCUGCUGCUGCCUCCGCAGCCCAGCAGCAGCAGCAACAGCAGCAGCAGGACGAUGCGAAAGCUUGUAGCAUGGCUAUCCAGCAGCAGCAGCAGCAGCAGCAGAACCACCAGCACCAGCAGCAGAACCACCAGCACCAGCAGCACCAGCAGCAGAAGAAGCAGCAGCACGGGGAGGGAGGGGGCGGUGGUAGUGGCGGAGCCAUGGUUCCCAUAGCACCAGCGCUGCAUGCACUGCGCCCGCAGCAGGGGAAGCUGCACGCAUCAUUCCCUGGCCGCAUGGGGCUCUCUGCAGCGUGCCCUGCGCCCCAAUCCACGCCUGCUUCUUCUCUUCCUCCUGGCAAGCGCCGUCGCCGCUCUGCCAGCAGCACAGCAGAACCAGCCGCCCGCACCACCUCGCAGAUGGUGUUCCGGCCUAUUGCCAUGAAGCCGCGCCCGUAG